UCAUUGCCUGGACAGGCUGCAUUUAAAUCAGCCGCCACGCGCUGCAUUUCAUGAAGGUUCUUUAUACCCUCUUUACUUCUCUCGGCGUUCCACCACUGAUCUCGCCGGAGAAUUCUGCUGCGUAAAUGAUAAGAGGUUAGCAGAUUUAUAAUCUGUUGUGGAAUUUCUGAGGUUUGUGUCGGCUGCAUUCCACGAUUAUUUGAAGAGAUUGCAGAAGGAUUAAAGGAGGAAAACUGAAAAUGAGUGAACAUAAAUCAACCUUGAAUCAGCCAUCUUCUUCACAAAAACUUCCUGAUUUCAAACAAUCGGUGAAGUUGAAGUAUGUGAAGCUUGGAUACCAUUACCUGAUUACCCAUGGGAUGUACCUAUUUUUAUCUCCUCUGGUGGUGGUGGUUGCAGCUCAAUUGUCCACAUUUUCUCUCCAAGACCUCUAUUUGCUGUGGGAGCAUCUUAGGUUCAAUCUCAUAUCUGUGAUAGUUUGUUCUACUCUAUUGGUAUUUUUGUCCACUGUCUAUUUCCUCACACGUCCUAGACCCGUGUACCUUGUGAAUUUCUCGUGCUAUAAGCCUGAUGAUGAGAGGAAGUGCAGUAGGCAGGUUUUCAUUGAGAGGUCGUCAUUGACUGGUUCUUUCUCACCUGAGAAUAUCGAGUUCCAGAAGAAAAUUCUUGAGAGGUCUGGACUUGGGGAGUCGACUUAUCUUCCUGAGGCUGUGAUGCAGAUUCCUCCAAAUCCAUGUAUGGCAGAAGCUAGGAAAGAAGCCGAGACAGUUAUGUUUGGUGCAAUAGAUGAGCUUCUUGCCAAAACUUCUCUCAAGGCAAAGGACAUUGGGAUUUUGAUUGUGAAUUGCAGUCUUUUCAAUCCGACGCCUUCUUUAUCUGCUAUGAUCAUCAACCAUUACAAGCUAAGGGGGAACAUAAUCAGUUACAAUCUUGGUGGGAUGGGUUGUAGUGCUGGUCUAAUAUCUGUCGAUCUUGCGAAAGAUCUCCUACAGGUCCAUCCCAAUACAUAUGCUUUGGUAAUCAGCAUGGAGAAUAUUACACUGAAUUGGUAUUUUGGAAAUGAGAGAUCUAUGCUUGUUUCAAACUGUCUCUUCCGGAUGGGGGGUGCUGCUGUCUUGCUUUCGAACAAAAGAUCCGACUACUGGAGAUCCAAAUACCGUCUGGUCCAUACAGUCAGAACACAUAAAGGUUCGGAUGAUAAGUGCUUCUCCUGCGUCACACAAAUGGAGGAUUCUAAUGGGAAAGUCGGAAUAUCCUUGUCUAAGGAUUUGAUGGGGGUGGCCGGCGACGCUUUGAAAACAAAUAUCACAACUUUGGGUCCUCUGGUGCUGCCCAUGUCUGAACAGCUGCUUUUCAUGGCCACACUGGUAGGGAAAAAGCUGUUGAAGAUGAAGCUUAAGCCAUACAUCCCUGAUUUUAAACUAGCCUUUGAGCAUUUUUGCAUUCAUGCCGGUGGAAGGGCUGUCCUGGAUGAACUGGAGAAAAACCUCCAGCUUUCUGAAUGGCACAUGGAGCCUUCAAGGAUGACUCUGUAUCGAUUCGGCAACACCUCCAGCAGCUCCCUUUGGUAUGAAUUGGCAUAUUCAGAAGCCAAAGGAAGGAUCAAGAGGGGUGACAGGAUGUGGCAGAUUGCCUUUGGUUCUGGCUUCAAAUGCAACAGUGCAGUCUGGAAGGCACUCAGGACAAUAAAUCCAGAAAAGGAGAAGAAUCCUUGGAUGGACGAAAUCGACCAGUUCCCUGUGCCGGUUCCAAGGGUCCUAUCGAUUUAAAUCUGGUUACCCUGCUGGUGGGAAUAAUUGUUUGAAUAUCGCUGUUGAUUUUCCAUCCCUUCUAUUGAUUUUGCACUAAGCGUCGUCUUCUGUUCAUCUAGCAUGGUAGCACCAUUCGCUGAUGAUCCGGGUCGACUUGGGGAUCCAAACCAUGGCUGGCUAGGGUAGCCUAGGCUUGUGAUUUUGAGUUUGUUGAUGAUGAUGGUGAUGGCUUCCAUUGAAUCCGUCCAGGCACUUGUUAGUGAUUUUAUUGUGCAAGAUUCUAACUUAUCAAUCUGUCUUCACUUUAAAGUUCCCACUCAUGACGAGUCGAACCAAUGUUUUUGGCUUGUUGAUAUUUUAAAUUUUUGACGCUAUUUAUCAACAGGGCCAUAUAGCCUAUAAUUCAGCCAUUCUUACACUAUAGAGUGUGUUUGUUUGGGGGUUUGGAUUUUGAGUUGGAAUUUGAAUAGUAAAAAUUUUGAAUUUGAAUA